CUUCGAUCCAAAAGGAGCCCAGAUUCACAAACAGUAGCGCUGGACCGCGAAUAUCUGGAUACGAUCACUAUCCAGGGCCGCGAGUAUCAAAAAUAUUCGAUCGACCAUCGCAUAUAUUUCGGACCAAUCGAUGAUCUCGAGCAGGAAGAAGCGCAGCGCUUGGAUGCCCAGCAGCAAGUGUUCCAGAGAAUUUUCGACGACCGUCUAAUCUUUCCACCAAUUCGCCGACUGCGAAGAGUACUAGACUGUGGGCAUGGGGCCGCCUCGUGGGCCAUAGAGGUUGCUGAACAGAACCCAGAUUGUGAUGUCAUUGGCGUGGACAUUGCCCCGCACAUGAGCCCAGAUGAUAUUCCGGAUAACCUUUGGCUGCAGGUUGACGACUUGAACCGAACAUUCACAUUCCCUUCGAACCACUUCGAUCUUGUGCACUCUCGACUCCUUGCGACCGGUAUCCACCGUACUCGAUGGCCGUCCUAUGUCCGCGACAUUGUCAGGGUCUUGAAGCCGGGUGGAUGGGUUCAAAUGGUUGAAAUAUACCAUAAUGUGCAAUCUGACAACGGCGCCAUUACCGACCAGCAUGCCCUUAGGAGAUGGAGCACACAAUACAUGCGUGCCUUGGAAGACAGGAAAGACCUUCGGAUUGGAUCAAAGUUGCGAGCCACUCUCAUUGAGGCAGGACUCGAGGACGUCGACACAAACAUGAUCCCUCUUCCUUUAUCAGCAUGGUCGACCGACGCAAGGAUGCGAGCCAUUGGACAAUGCAAUAGUGAUAAUGUUCAGCAACUUCUUCGAUCCCUGGCGCUAUAUCCCCUCACCCAACGGUUGCACAUGUCAACAGAGACUUUUGACUCGUUGGUGCAACAAGCACAGGAAGAAGCUAGAGACCAUUCAUUGAAGGCAUAUUUUCCCUUAUACGUUUGCAUUGGACGAAAACCUUUAUGA